AUGGACGGGCACGCUCGGGUGGAGUCGAGUGCGUUUGAGAGCGGUACCAGUGCGGUUCUGAGUGGUUCUGCCCGGUUCUGCCCGGGUGGGGUAGCAGCUCUGGCUGGUGCGGGUGGGUCAGCAGGUAAGGUUCUGGGCAGCGCCGCACGGUUCUGUGCUGUUCUGCGCAGUUCUGUGCGGUUCUGCACGGUUCUGCGCGGUUCUGCACGGUUCAGUGCGGUGCUGCGCGGUUCUGUACGGGGGAGAGUACCAGGUGGGGUAGCAGCUCUGGCUGGUGCGGAUGGGUCAGCAGGUAAGGUUCUGGGCGGUGUCGCACGGUUCUGUGCGGUUCUCCGCGGUGCUCAUUCCGCCGCCACUCCCUUCCCCCUUUCCCUCUCUCCCCCACAGCAUACCGCCGCCACUCCCUUCCCCUCCUCCCUCUCCCACCCACAGCGACCACCGCUGCACACGCGAACAGUCGCGACGGGGGGGGAGGGACGGGCAGGGGGCCGGGGAAAUGCGACGGGCAGUGCGAGGCGACGGGAGGGAAGAAAACGGGACGGGGGGGGGGGGGGACAGGGAGGCGACGGGGACGAAACGGUGACAGCGCGCGUAGGUGCUGGCGCGUUGGCGGGCUGGUGGCGGAAUCGCUGGCGUGCUGGCGUGUCUGCUGGCGGGCUCGUCGGCGGGCUCGCUGGCGUUUCCGCUGGCGAGAUCGAGCGGUUCCGCUGGCGGGCUCGGUGGCGGGCUCGUCGGCGGGCUCGUCGAUUCGCUUCCCCCCCCAUCGUUGGCGUGCUCGCUGGCGGGUCCGUCAACGGAUUCGCUGGCGGGCUCGCUAGCGCGUUCGCUAUGGGCCGCGGACGCCAUGGGCAGAACGCGACGAUCUUGGGCGGACUGGACGGGAAACGCGCUACGAACUGGGGACGCGAGGAUUACGGGUUGGUGGGCCCAUAA